AUGCCCCCCGGAAUACCAGGGGGCGCAAUGUGCGUUCAAAGACUCGAUGAUUCACUGAAUUCUGCAAUUCACAUUAGUUAUCGCAUUUCGCUGCGUUCUUCAUCGAUGCCGGAACCAAGAGAUCCAUUGUUGAAAGUUUUAACUGAUUGA